AUAUCAUUUCUUGGGGAUCAAGCCCGCCCCCUAAGCAUAGCAAGCAAAAGCCAUUUGUAUCUAUGCGACAUAACCCGUGGCUGGAUGGAGAAGCGGCUCACUCUGGUGACGAAGCAAGUGAGGGAUUGUCGCACUCGGAAGAUGAUGUUGAAAGUGAUUCCGAUCGCCAAUUCAUCAAGGAUAUCGCAAACACUCAGGUCUCUCUUUCUUACGAUCAGUCACUUGCUUAUCGACGGGGUUUGCCCACACAAGCCCCGCCGGAAGGUCCCACGUUUGCUACCAGACCGGUGAGGAGGGAAGUAUAUACCCGAAGGGAGAGCGCAGAACGCCGCGCGCUGGUGGUCAAGUUCUCCCGUACGUGGCCAAACGAGUAUGCCAUUGGCAGCUUUGUCAUAGAUGAUGAUGAGGACAGAAGGAUAUCACCUGGAAUAUCCCAUAUAGGUUCUGCAGUCGAGGCUAGGCGGAUUAGCGUUAUUGAAUAUUGAGCGACGGUCAACGUUGUGCGUCGGGUUGUGUCGGAGCCACCCGCCACCGUCACAAAAUCUCACAUUGAUUUGUCACACCACACUAACGCUUUUCGAAGUUUCCUCAUCGUCGUUUACGACGCUGGCCCGCUGUCUUAUAGUGAUAGCCGAUAUCGAGUGAAUUUUGCGAUCCCACACAUAGUCUAGUCCAGGCCCCACUUGGAGGAGCCUUACUAUUUCCACUAGUUAGGACUACUCAUAAUUCUCCUGAUCAUGGAUGAGCUCAUGCAUCGUUGUCUCCGAGUUUUCAUUCGACGGCGAUCUUG